AUGCCGUCCGGUACUGCUUCGAAUAUAGAAAGCGUCUCUCCGGAGAAGGAGCUGACGAUGCACGUUGAGCACUCCGCGCACGGGUUGUCUCCUGGAGACGAAGAGUUCCUCGCCAACUUCCCGGACGAAGAGAAGAAAAGAGUGUUACGGAAGGCCGUCAGUCUACUUGGGCACGUUGAUAUUCGUCUGGGGUGUGAUUAUGCUCUGCACAGGCUUUGUCCAAAGCUUCGACAGCUUACUUGCGAUUCGGUUCCUGCUAUAGGCCUAUUCGAGUUUGUCCCCUGGCGGUCCGGCUUUCUCCCAGGCGCAGUCCUCUUAAUUUCGAAAUGGUACCUCCCCGGAGAAACGCAAACGCGCAUCGCCAUACUCUACACCUCCGCUGCAUCCGGAGGCGCCUUCUCCGGUCUUCUUGCGUUCGCUAUUGCCAAAAUGAGCGGUCUUGCUGGCUACGAGGGAUGGCGAUGGAUUUUCAUAAUAGAAGGUCUAGCCACCAUUGUUCUCGCAAUUCUGACCUUCUUCCUCCUCCUUGACUCCCCCUCGCUGUCGUCCAGCUGGCUCACCCCCUCUGAAAUACGCUUCCUCGAACUCCGCCAACUAGCCAACAGCGUCCAAAGUCCGCACAACAGAAAAAGCGUUAACUGGUCAGCCAUCAAUAGCGUCUUAACCGAUUGGAAAAUCUACCUCCUCAUCCUUGGAAGCUGGUCUAAUGCGGUCCCCAAUUACGCGAUGAAAUUCACCAUGCCGCAGAUUAUCGCCGGCAUGGGGUUCACCUCGGCCAGGGCCCAGCUACUCACCAUCCCGCCUUAUGCACUCGGCGCUUUCUCAGCAUUUGUAUUCUCCAUCUUUGCGGACAGAUACACCUGGCGGAUGCCGUUCAUUGUCGUGCCUCAGCUAGCGCAAGUCGUUGCCUUUAGCAUACUUUACACACAUGCGGCCAACAUCGAAGAAAACAUAGCGUUGUGUUAUUUCGGCGUCUGCUUAGCCUGCUUCGGGUAUCAUCCAUCCAUCCUAUUCUUAAGAGCUAAUCUGCUAACAUUUCCGACUGACAGCAUGUACCCUAUCCUCCCCGGUGUCAACGCCUGGAACGUCUCCAACACACCGCACCUUGCCAAACGGGCCGUGGCUAUCGGAUACCUGAUCUGCAUGGGGAAUGUGGGCGGCCUCAUCGGUAGCUUCAUCUACAAGCAGGACGAAGCUCCACGGUAUGUGACUGGGUACGGAAACUCGUUCGCCUUUGCCGCGGCGGGAAUCGUUGCGUGUCUUGUUCUUGAGUUUGCCCUCUUUAGGUUGAAUCGAAGCAAGGAGCGGUUUAGUGAAGAUGAGGUUAGAGAACGGUACACUGAUAGUGAGCUGGAGGAGAUGGGGGAUAGAAGUCCACUAUUCAGGUAUACGCUGUAA